UGCGCACAUUGUACAUCUGUCAAAAAAAGAGGAAGAAACUAGUCGCAUGUUUGCGGAUGUUUGCAGAGAGGAAGAGAACAUCCAAAGGUGACAUGACACAACUGCAAAGCUGUGAGUGAAGAGAUAAGUGAAGACUUGGAUGAUGAUCCACAGUGAGAGAUGAUGGACCCUGACGUGUCUGUGCUGCUGCACUGUGCUGACUGGAGCGGGCUGCUGGAGUCUAAAGUACGAGUGGAGCUCUCGGAAAGAUUUAACAGGCGGAUAGAUGCAGCUCUAGAGCGCCACAUAGAGGAGGUGUGGACUGAACGCGUGUCCAGGGAGCCGUGGCUUUUCAACGGGGCCAAAUUCAGACUACACUCUUUUUGCCUGGCCUCCCCUCAGUGUCCAUCCUUAUCCUGUGAUUCCUCAAAACCUCCACCCUGCCCUAAUUCAUCUUUUGUAACCUCCUUAGACUUUGUGGAGGAUCAGGAAGACAAAUCACAGAGCGGGCAAAGACCACAGGGUUUGUGUGACUCUGAUCCUCUGCGUGAUGUUACCCAGAAUAGUUUGGACCAAAGAUGCAGGUCUGUAAAUCACACAGAAAAUGUUGAGGGUGUCAUCCAACAGACGACUAAUUCACUGGACCAAGAUUGCUCGACUUGUAGAAAAGCUGAACUUCCUCCACACGCCGGUAAAAACACAGAUGAUCGAGACACUGGGCCGCUCCUCACUCUGAGACUCGGCCUGACAUGCUACAAGGACUACCUGGGAACCAACUGGUCAUGUCGGGUGGCGGAGCUCCGUCAGCGUGGAGGCGCAGAGUUCAGCGAUCCUCUGGCGCUGCUGGCUCAGCCUCUGGGUGUGGGCGCUGUCCUGUGCACAGGUGACAGGCAGGUGGUGUUGAUCAGGAGGAGCCAGAGGGUGGCAGAGGCGGGGGGGCUCCUGGACAUCCCCGGAGGUCACCCAGAGCCUCAGGUGGUGUGUGAGCGUCUGGGCCAGACAGCGGGCGAUGUGGUCAGUAUGGCCACGAUGCAGCAGAGGCCAGAGGCCGUCGUCUCGGAGCUGUUUGCGUCAGUUUGCGCUGAGAUCAGAGAUGAAGUGAACGUUCCUCUGAGCUGCCUCGGAGAACCGGUCCUGAUGGGAGUCGCUCUGAAUCACACCAGCGCUGGAAGACCAAGCGCCGAGUUCUACGUCAGGUGUUCACUGACAUCUGAUGAAGUCAGAAAGUUGUACUGGAAAGGAGGAGCAGAGGCGCACGAGUCCACAGACAUCGUCUUCCUCAGCAGAACAGAAGUGUUGCAGCUGGACAGGAGCAGCCCUCUGUGGUCGGAGCUGUGUCCUUCAGCUAAAGGAGCCGUGCUGCUUUAUCAGACGGUGGAACCUGACAGAGAGUGAGACCAGAGGAGACGACCACACACUCAGGUGAUGAUCGCACCAGAUGGACCCAGAUGAUCCAAUGAACAAACCAAACGCUUUCAUCAAAAUUUGAUUCACUCUUUGACUUUGAGCACUCUGAACAAUACUGGUGUUAAAACUUUGCAAAAUAGUGUUUUCAUCAUUUGUAAACUGUACAGUAAAAACAACUCAUAAAAGUUUUUUUCUUAUUUUGAAUAAAAAUUAUAAAGUGA